AUGGCUCACACCCAAGUCAAGUUGACUAGUCCCCCCAAUGCUAGAGCCGAUGACCGCAAGAAACAUUUAAUGAACAUUUUCCGGGAUGUGACCAAAGACUGUAAGCAUAAGCAAUUGAGAAGAAUGUUUGAUGAGUUUGCGGACUAUGAUGCCCUUAAUUCAAGUGCAAAUCUUAUGUUCAGUUCUAUGGUAGAUUGCGACUUUCUUGAUGAAGCGAGAGAGCUCUUUAAGCCUCUCCCUGAUCAGGUCACACUGCCGGAAGUGAUCGUCUUCACCAUGGUGAUUCAGAUGUACACCAUUGCUCGCAAGACCAUGGAUGCUCACAAGGUCUACCAGCAGAUGAUAGCCUCUGGUGUCUUGCCCACAGCCCACACUUACACAACAAUCAUCUUGGCAACCACACUAGAUCCUAAUUUUGUUGGGUAUGCCAAGAAGUAUUUCCUUGAAAUGUUGGAUAGGGGGAUGAAGCCUCCUUAUGCAACCUACCGAUCUGUUAUGGAUGCCAUUUCCUAUCGAGGGCCAGGUGAGGAGGCCAACAAGUUCGUUGAGCAGAUAAAAGCUAAGGGGUUCAUCCCUGACCACAAUGGUUUUCAAAACAAACCAUGCCACCUCAGAAUAACCUUCAUGUGUGAUGAUCUCCACCACAACAAUAUUCUCGACAGGGAUGUGCAAAAAUUUGUCAAGAAAUUGCGCGCUUGCCCUACAAACCUUAUUGAAUCCACAAUGAAGAUGUUUUGUGCAUUGGCAGACGAUGGAAAUGUUUCUGAAGCUAUAGAGUUCAAUACCACAAUUACAAAGACGCGCACAGAGCCCUCAGUCUUAUUCCACACCUUGGUUAUUGAAGCCUACCUCAAGUUUGGCAAAAUCAAGGGUGCUCUGGAGGCAUACCUGGCCAUGUUAGCUGCCGGGAUUGCCCCCAACUCCUACACGUACACUGUGUUAAUCAAGGGACUCGCUGCAUACCCCGAAUUCUUUGGAGAUGCCAAGAAGUAUUUGCUUGAGAUGAUGGACAAGGGAAACCGGCCCAAUGCUGCUACCUUCACUGCGGUUAUAGAAGGCUUUGCAAAUAAUGAGGACAAGGCAGCUGAGGAGGAGGGAAAAGAGUAUGUGCGGGUAAUGAUGGAUAAGGGGUUUGUGCCUAAUGCGAAGGCAAUGAGGGAGGUUUUAAAGGGCAGACCGAUACCUGUUAUACGAAGGAUCAUGAAUGUUGUCCUUUCCAACUUGAAAGGCUGA